AUGGCCAAGUGGUGCCUCUUAAUGCUGGUCUUUGCCUUCAUCACUGCAACGGAGGCUGAAGACACUGAAGGGAAAGAUGAGGCUUUGCCACCAGAAGAAGAUUCUGAGGAAGUCAUUUCAGAUGAGAUUACUGAAGACCAAGAUGUUUUAGUGCUUAACGAGCACAAUUUCGAGAGAGCUUUAAAGGAGAACAAAUACCUUCUGGUGGAAUUUUAUGCCCCUUGGUGUGGACACUGUCAGAAGUUAGCACCAGAAUAUGCCAAAGCCGCAGGACAGCUGAAGACUGAGUCUUCAGAAUUGAAACUGGCCAAGGUUGAUGCCAUUAUGGAGAAAGAACUGGCAUCAGAAUUUGAUGUACGCAGCUAUCCCACACUGAAGUUUUUUCAGGAAAGCAACAGAAAAACUCCAAUUGACUACACAGGGAAAAGAAAUGCAAAAGGCAUUGUCAGCUGGUUAAAAAGAAGAGCUGGUCCCACCUAUACAUUUCUAGAUGGUCUAGCUGAAGUUGAAGCCUUUAUUGAUUCAGCUGAGGUUGCCAUAGUUGGCUUUUUCAAGGACCUUGAAAAUGACGAUGUGAAAACAUUUUCUGACAUAGCCAAUGAUGUUGUGGAAAUACCAUUUGCUAUCACCAAUAAUGCAGAGGCUUUUGAGAAGUAUGGAAUUUCGAAGAGUACCAUAGUAAUGUUCAAAAUGUAUGAUGAUCGGAGAAAUGAUUUUGCAAUUGAUAAUCAGACGGGUUUGGUUAAGGAUGAACUAACUAAGUUUAUCCACGUUAAUGAAAUGCAUCUUGUUACUGAAUUUACUGAAGAGAGUAAUCCAAAAAUAUUUGAUGCUAAAGUUGACAACCACAUUCUGUUGUUCAUCAACAAGACAAUUAAAGAACACAAUCAACAUUUGGAGAAUUUUAGGGCUGCUGCGGCUUUCUUCAGAGGCAAGAUUCUUUUUGUUUAUAUUGAUAUUAACGACGACAACGAUCAUGUGCUGGACUACUUCUCUGUAAAGAAAGAAGAUGCACCAAAAAUUCGUUUAAUCAACAUCACCACUACUAAGAAAUACAAGUUUCCAUUUGAUGAAAUUAGCACAGAUAACGUGAAAAGCUUCUGUCAGAAGGGCCUUAAUGGAAAUCUUGAGCCUUUUUUAAAGAGUAAAGACAUACCAGAAGACUGGGACAAGAAUCCUGUUAAAAUUUUGGUUGGGAAGAAUUUUGAAAACAUUGCUUUUGAUGAGACGAAGAAUGUGUUUGUUGAGUUCUAUGCUCCCUGGUGUGGUCAUUGUAAGGAAUUGGCCCCUGUCUGGGAACAACUAGGCGAGAAGUACAAGGAUCAUGAAAACAUUGUAAUAGCAAAAAUGGAUGCCACUGUUAAUGAAGUUGAAUCAAUUGCAGUCCAAGGAUAUCCAACAAUCAAGUAUUUCCCCGCAGGCUCAGAGAGAAAGGUUGUGGACUAUGAAGGAGCAAGGGAUCUGGACACAUUUAUAACAUUUUUAGACAAUGGUGGUAAAUUACCUCCAGAAGAAGACGAUGAUGAUAAUGAUGACACAGACUCUGAUGACAUUCUUCUGGGGAAGACCAACAAAACAACUGAGCAACUUACAAAAGAUAAAAGGGAUGAACUAUAG